AUGCUUCACGAGGCAGUGUUCGCCUUAGGAGGGUAUCCGGGUGUGUUAUCCAGCGAAGAUGAAGAAAAGAAGGAUAUUUUUAUCAAACAUCUACACCCUUGUGAACGAGUAUUGUUGGAUAGAAUAACACGGGUUGCCGCAGAUUACCUGUCAUUAAAGAAGUUCAUUGAUAAGAAUAUUUGUGCCGUUAACGCCAAAGAUUCAUUUGAUACCUCAGAAGCACCUUGCGGUAUCGGAGGUUACAUUCUAGCAUUUUGUAAGGCUUUGUAUAAUGUGUUGCAGCCAUAUAGAGAAGAUGUUGUUUCUUUAGAAAAGGAAAUUUUAAAUGACCCAUUUUUGCCUUUGUCACAUGUGACAUAUAGGGCUGAAAAAAAUGCAUUGUUUCUCAAUGUUUUAAACAGAAUGGUCAACCAGUUGAGCCUGGAAGGUUUGCAUGGAUGCCAAGUACUUGGUUUUCUCCGGAGACAUUUACCUUCAAGUGAAAUAAAAGAUGCUGUUGGUCAUAUUUUAUACAACUGUCAUGUAUUCUUUUAUAAACAACUAACAAGUUGGCUUUUGUAUGGUCAUCUCAUGGACAAACACAAAGAAUUCUUUAUUGAACAUCGAAAAGAUCUUUCCAUUGGAAAUUCAGUUUCUCUUGUAAAGAGCAACUGUGGUUCUUAUGCCACAGAAGUCAAUGGUGAUAAUAAAGUCAUGUAUCCUGCAUUUUGUGAUUAUAGAAUUAAUUUCAGUAUGUUACCCCCAUACAUACCAGCCUCAGUUGCUUAUAAAAUUCUGUUCACUGGGCAGACAAUUUUGAUGUUUGGCAAUAGUGUGGGUGACAGAAAAUUUUCUGAAAGCCAGAAAAGAAAUAUUUCAAUUUGGGGAAGCAAAGAAGAAGAAUUUUUACAUAAAUUGCAAGAAUUGCAGAAUUUACCUACUUUUGAUCUUAAUAAAUUUGAAACAACUAUGAAUGAGAUUCGAGCUUGUGUUACUGAACACUUGUGGCAUGUAGCUGUGGAAAAGGCUGAACUGUUUCAACAACUUCAAUUAAUGAAAGAUUUUUUUCUUCUGGGACGAGGAGAAUUAUUCUUAAUGUUUAUACGAGAAGUAAGACCUCAUCUGACCAGAAAUGCGUCUGCCCAAGAAGUUAACCAAGCCUUCCAAAUUGCUGCACGAAAAGUUUUGUGGGCUGAUGAAUCUGCUUUGGACAAAUUUCAUUUUGUACUUCACAAAAGAGAACAAAGUUUACCAGGUGAGAGGGCUGAUAAAAGUGAAAUAACAAGUUGGGAUCACAUCAGUUUACAGUAUAAGGUAAGUUGGCCUCUCCAUUUACUUUUCACUGAUGAAACAUUGGAGUGUUACAAUAUGCUGUUCAAAUUCCUUUUACGUGUGAAAAGAGUACAAGCGGACCUUCAUAAUAUGUGGCUGGAACAUAAUAUAAAAGCUUGUAAGACUGUGGGAGGAAAUGUUUUUCAGUUUUCAGUUUGGCAGUUGUGUACUGGCCUUACUUUCUUAAUAGACAACUUACAGUAUUACUUACAGGCUGAUGUUCUUGAAAGUCAGUAUAUCUUAAUGCAAAAUACCAUUCAGAAUUCACAAGAUUUUGAGAAAGUUCAGCAGGCUCAUGCAGUUUUCCAGUCCAAUAUACUCAGCCAGACUUUCCUUCGAAUUAGUUCCACCCAGAAUGGACAUGUGUCAGAUGGGACUCAGUCUGUUGUCCCAUCAAACACAACUUGUAGAACAGAAGUUAAUCAAGUACAUCGCAGAUUGGAUCAAAUCCUUUCUUUGAGUGAGAAUUUAUGUGAAUGUAUGCAGAAAUGGAGUAGUCCUCUUAAUGAAGAAGAACUUGUGGAAUUGCUGAAAAUGGAUGAAGAAUUCACAUCACAUGUAAGAUUUCUAAUGCAGCUACUCUUUUGCCUACGCUCGGAGCCUUGUGGUGCUCACUUAUCUCAACUUUUACUCAGACUUGAUUUCAACAGGUGGUUCAGUCAUUCUACUUCUAGUUCAUAA